UAACGAAGAGCGUGACCGCCAUUGGCCAGAGUAUGAAAAAGCAUGCCUGCUAUUGGCUGCGACCGUUGGCGUCGUUGCCCGUGUGUUGUUUGGCUUUGGAGUAGGAGCGUCUUUUGACAGCGGACUGCUCCGAGCCAAACGUUUCAGCAGCAACAAUUUCUGGGUCUGUGGAAUAUUGACGCGUGGGAGACGAGGGUUUAUGAAGAUUUAUCAGAGCUGAUUCUUGAAUCCUUGCAAGCUUUGGAGUGGGAUUCCUAUUUGCUCUUGAGUGUUGACUCCUAUGGUGUGGGCAUCCCUGGAAUGUUGGAAUGGUUCUUCAUUGAAGUUGAGCUACAAGGAUCAGGACGGGAAGAUGAAUGUGGAAGCUCUGAGUAGAGCGGAGCUGUUGACACUCCUCAGUAUUUUGGAGGGAGAGCUCGAGGCCCAGGAGGUGGUCAUUCAUGCCUUUAGGGCUCAACACAAAGACGCUUUCAUCCAAGAGCGUUAUGGCCAGUAUGACCUCAGCGAUCCAUUCCUGGCCUUACAACGGGACAGCAAAGCAGCAGAGAACGAAAGCACAUUGGCCCAGACUCAUGCAAGCCUGCAGGGGCAUGGAGUGGGCCCAAACCCUUUGGCUGUUCUCAAACUGGUCAUGGCCCAUUGCAAGAGGAUGCAGGAAAGGAUGAUGAGACAGUUGGCCGCCACUGAGAGCAGACACAGAAGGAUGAUAGCCGAUCUAGCAGAAGAAAAACUGCGUCCUGCCCAUGAAUCUUCACAAAGUGACAAUUUCUCCUUGAUACUGCAAACAGAAAGAAAUGAACUGUUGCAACAGCUUGAAAUUGAGCGUGCAGCAGUGCGGCGACUGGAGAGAGAACAGGAUGAGGCUGUGAGCCAGGCGGAGGAGUCAUUGAGCCAGCAACAGCAGCUUUCAUCCACUCUCAGCCUGGAGCUCCAGAAAGCCAGUAGCCGAGCACAGGAGGAGGCACAGAAGGUCUCAGGGCUCCGUACUCGGCUCAAAGAGGAGACAGAUGCAGUGGAAAAGCUACAGAUGCUCCUCGAUGAGGAAAAGAGUAGAGCAGCGGAGCUUGAGGUUCAGUCUAGUAGAAAGCUUGCUGAUUUUACCACAGAACGUGAGCAACUGAAAGUCAAGCUCAUGGAGGAAGAGGAAAGGAGUAAAGACCUGAGGAGACAACUUGAGCAGUUGAAAAGAAGAUUGGAUGAAACCAGUGAGCCCAAAAUGGGGCCAAAGGAGGCAUUGACGUCACCAUCGAAGAUGAUAGUCGUGUCUACCUCCGUUCAGACCGAGCCUGAUGGGAAACUCAUUGUCCCUGUGAAAACGUCCUCGGUGUUAAAACUCAAUGGGCAUCACGACGGGAGAGGAACAGAAAAUACAUUGGUGCUGGAAAAUGGAGCAGGAGCAAGCUUACUUUCUCCUCCGCAUCCUCAGACAGUACCUUACUCUCCCUCCAGCACCGCCUCCUCUUCUCUCUCCUCUUCUCCUGUUUCCUCGCCAGUUUUGGCCAAACAUAUCAACAGCCCCACUUUCCAUCAGUCCUCCUACCAGGCCGGAGUCAAUCAGCGAUUCCAAGCUGCCAGACAUAAAUUUCAAACGCAGGCGGAGCUGGAGCAGCACGGUGGGCCUCUUUCCCCCAGGGACCUCUCACCCACCACUUCCUCCAACCCUCCCCCACCAGAACACAGUGCGGCCAAGCAGCUGGCCCGCAAUACAGUCACACAGGUGCUGUCCCGGUUCACAAGCCAACAGGCCGGUGUCAAGAUGGUACCGUUGAGCAGCUCUCCGUUUGGUACAGACUACCGUAAUGUAGCUGCAUCACCUCCCGGGGGGAGGUCACCUUCUGGGCCGCUAUCUCCGGGUAUCCGUUCCCCUCUCACACCCCGAUCGGAGAGGACUCAUCCUCCUCCGAUUCCUCCCAAGAGACCCGGCAUGAGUCCGACUCCUGGCUCUCCGAGUCAUUCUGCCCGAGCCAGCCUGUUCCCCGAGCUUUCGGGAAACUGCGGCAGCGGACAGGAAGGAGCAACAGAACCUGACCUGAUUUUAUCGUCUUCUAGUUAACGUCCACAUCAUACUGAAGCACACAGUUUCUACUUGCCACACAACCUGUGUCAUGUUAAUCCAUCAGAAUUUUGCACAGCUUCCUCUUUGGAGGACUGCACAGAGACGCAUGGAGCCAGAAACUAUAAGCUAGUUUUGGCAUGUAUAGAAUGGAUGGCACAACAUUAAAGAAGCUUCUGUGAUUAGUGUCGUAUAAAUUCUGAUGACGAUGAUAAAAGAUGAUUAUAGAUGACUACGGCAGCAACACAUUCUACUGGGAGGGGCUCCCUACUCACACCAUAGCGAGCCACUACCACUGGCGGAGCUAGGAUUUCUUCCCUUUGGGGGCCAAGUAUUUCUGGGUUCCAUAAAACAAACUGGAGAUAUUUUACAAACCCGCAAACUUUCUCAGAAAACUUUGGGGGGGAUGGGUGAAAAUAAAAUCGGGAUGCAAUGAAUGUGUAGAUUGACUUAAGAAGUGUCACAGCACUAUCCCUGAAUGCUGAAAACAUCAGCAGUGAACAAGACACAUUAAAAAAAUACAUUUGAUGCAACACUGUUUUAGUUGUAGAUGAGGAAACACAAAUUUGUUGUAAGUGGUUGCAACCAAUUUAUAAAAAGACUGUUUUGUUUAUAUAUAAAGCAGGGGUGUCAAACUCAUUUUUGUCGCGGGUCGCAUUGUAGUCAUAGUUUCCUUCGGCGCCCCAUUAUGACUGUCAAUGCAUACACUUAUGAUGAUGAUAGAAUUUAUUCAUCCCACAGCGGGGAAAUGUCAGACAUUAUAGGCUACACAACAAACUGAAUAACUAGUUUUGAAAAUCAAAGACUGGUAAAAACUGUUCAAAUAUUUUUAAAAAGAUUAAUGCUAAUAAAAAUUGCUAGUAUUUUGUUUAUUUUUAGUUUCAGUAUUGACACAUGAAGUGCACAAUACACAAUUUGCCUUUGCGAGCCACAUAAAAUGAUGUGGUGGGCAGUAUAUGGCCCCCGCACCUUGAGUUUGAUACCCAUGAUUUAAAGGCUCUUUCAAAGAAUACUUCACUGUAAAUCAAAUAGUCACAUAAAUGAUUGCACAAUAAAGUACACCGAGACUAAAGUGCAGUACUAGAAAAAUGUCUGUUAAUCUGGGAAACUUUAAUGUUAAGCAAAUAGUAAAGAGAUGUUGAUUCCUGCAACUAUUGUAGCCAUUAUAUGUCAAAUUAACUGUAUUGUGGUUUUGUAACCGAUUUGAUUUUCAAUCAUUUGUAUGUUUACAACAUUGACUUUACAUAGCUUUUCAACCAAGAAGAGCAUAUUAUCUUCUGAGAGGCCUCACUCACGCAACUCCAGAUCACAAAUGUAACAAUGAAUAUGGGAAUCGGGCAAGAUUUUAGCCAAUGAUUCGAAAUAAAUUACAACUCUGCGCUGACAGUGUACAAAA